GAGCGGGCGGGGCCUCGGGCGGAAGUGACGCAAUACUGGUGCGACUGGGCCGGUGCCCGCCGACGACUGCUCUGUGGCGGUGCGAGAUGGCGGUUCCCGGAGCCCCCGUUACUGUUACCGUCACGUACAGUAAUGAAAAACACAAUAUUCAGGUUGCUUCUCAACAGGAAGAUGGUGAGCCUACGCUGCAAGACAUGGCUGUGCUUAUAGAACAAGUCACUGGUGUUCCAGUUUCUUUUCAGAAACUUAUAUACAAAGGGAAAUCUCUGAAAGAAUUGGAACAGCCAUUGUCAGCACUUGGUGUUAAAAAUGGUUGCAAAGUCAUGUUGAUUGGGAAAAGGAAUAGUCCAGAAGAAGAAGCUGAAUUAAAGAAGUUAAAAGAUCUGGAGAAGUCAGUGGAGCAAAUAGCUAAUAAGUUAGAGGAAAUUAAUAAAGAGUUCACAAGUAUCCAGAAGGGAUUUUUAGCAAAGGAUCUCCAAGCAGAAGCUCUAAAACAGCUGGACAAGAGGAUAAAGGGAACUGCAGAGCAGUUCAUGAAGAUCCUGGAACAGGUUGAUGCCAUUAAUCUGCCAGAGAACUUCAAUGACUGCAGACUGAAAAAGAAGGGAUUGGUGAAAAGGGUUCAGGCUUUUCUUGCCCAGUGUGAUACUAUUGAAGGAAAUAUUGGACAAGAAAUGGACAAGCUACAGUCAAAGAAUUUGGCACUGGCAGAAUGAGGCAUUACCCUUCAUAAUUAGGAAACAUAAUUGCUCUAUGAGCAAGAAAAAAGUUUGCUCUUUGUUUUGGAGCACAUAUUCAGCUUUUUUGUUUUUUUUAAAGCCCAGUCUUUUAGACUGGAAGUAGUCAAUUAUUUCUUGCUGGUUGUCUUGUUUGCCACUUGGUUAGGCCUACUGUUUUGAAAAGAAAAUCCUUCCUGAAGAAUUGCAGAAAUAAUCUUUGUGGUGAAUUAUGUAUCUUAUGGACAAUUGUUUAGUUAACUAUGUAACAGAGUUUGCAAUGAUGGGCAAUAUUUUCUGAUAUGUUUUUGAAUUUAUUUACAACUGAAAUGAAAGAAGGUCUAUAACCAUAUAAGUGCCAUAUGUUGCAAUUUUAGGACUUCAACUUGAUUGAAAAAACACUGAGACAAUAUCUGGGAAAGUUCAAUAUUACAGUAGACGGUUCAGAGCAAUAAGAAAAACCCUACACGUUUAUAUUACUUAAUGUUUGUAUGCAUUUAUAAAUAUAAGGAAGCUUGACUAUAAGGGAGUCGUACCUAUUUUAGCCUUAAAUUGUCAUAAUAAAUGGAAUGUACUGUAACAUAUAUGGUACUGAAUUCUGAAUGGUGCUUUAAGUUGUUAAUGAGCUUGAUACAAGUGUACAUGUUUAUUUACAUGUAAUUCUGAUGUACUGUGUCUUUUAUAGCUUAUUUUGAUUGUUUUUUUUUCUUGAUAGGGGUUGAAAUGAGAUCACAUGCUGCUCAUGCACAAAUGGGGCACUUAAAACAAGGUAUAACUAAGGAGCUGUUUUGAAAGGUUCUUUUUUUCUGGUUUCACUGAAUUCAUCGCACUAUAUUUAUUGGAAAGAUUGCAGUGAUUAUUCUGCUAUGGUAACUAGUAAAUUUUUAUAGAAUGUUACAUAGUGGCAUAAAUUUAUUUUAACAGUGCUGUGUGAGAAUCAGUCAUAACCUCAGUCACAUUCUAAUACGUGCUAUGCUUUGCCUUCUGUGUUAGCUUAAAAAAAAACCAAAACAAAAACCAUAAGCUUUUGCUUGAGAUAACACAUUUCAGUGGGGGCAGCCAACUGUGCUUGCAUCUGUCAGUCAGAGCCCACAGCUGAUGUAACUAUAGUAGGAGUUGGUUUUUUCACUGAUGCUUCUGAUAGAUUAUGGCAUUGGCUGGUGAAAUAUUGACUGCACUGAGCCUGUUAAAAAAAAAAAACAAAACAACAAACAAAACAACCACCACAAAAACAACAAAACAAACACACAAAAAAAGACCACAACAAAACAUUGAGCUCAUAAGCAAAAAACCUAAGCUUUAUAACUUAUUAGAAGUUAAAGUGUUUCUUUGGUAUUUGUAAUUGGAGGAACAUUUUAGUGUAAAAUGCCAUUGAAUGAAUGAAGGGAUAUGCACAUGUUAAAAAGGUUCACUUGUGUUCUAAAAAUGUCUUUUGGCCUUACUAAGAUUGGAGUUGCUGUAUUCUUGCUGUUAACCACUUUCUUCAAGGUUGUAGUUUUUGCAUUUAAAACUCUGUCUUUAGCAUUUGUGGAAGGCUUUAAGGCCUAAGUUCUUUCUAAGUUUUACUACCUGGAGUUAGAGAAUGAUAUGUUUGGUGAGUAUGCAUUUUUUUCCUAGGCCUGCUAUUCUGGUCCUGCUGUAUUUUCCCAACAUUUCAAGGUUACAGGGAGGAACAGUUAGUUGUAGCCAUUUUUUGUGAAGCCCUAACUUGAUGCUUCUGGGCCAGAUUUAGCUGACUCUUAAACCUCCAGCAUCAUUGUUGCUUAAAUCAGAGGAAACAAACUUACCCACUUUGUUGUGAUGCCAAGGAUCCACACCUUCUCAAAUAGGUGUGCUCUAAUGCAUUGAACUUUUACAGAAAAGCAUUCUUGUCUGCCCAUGAAGAGAAACGGGAGCUGUGGGCAUGGCUAGCAAUGUCUUCUACUUCUGCUUGAUAUUUUUCUCUCAGGUAAGAACAUAGCAUCACCUUUUCAAUCUUUCCAUCAAUGGAAAAGGCUACAGGCUUCAGCUGUUUUCCAUCUCUCCUACCCAGAAGUUGCUGUUUCUGGAGAUGUGUUUGCAUGAGGGUGUCCUUAAGCCAUGUGGGCUAACUGAAAGAUUUUACACAGUGCUGCUUUUGACAGUCUGGUACUUGGAGGCAAAAAGAGGGAUUAACUUCUCCCACCAGCACCUCUGGAUUCAGCAAAGUAUGUCCUGAGCUGAAGACCUCAGGCAACUCUUCCUAUCAGAGUGUUUGGUUUCUAGGACUAAAGUGAAUGUGUAUGCAGACAAACUCCAGCAGUAUAAAAUUGUUUUGACUGCCAGGUACAAAAAAGUACUUCUUGUGGAAAGUGGAUGGUUGCAUU